AUGCCGACCCAACGAGUCUUCCAGCUCAGCGGAACCUGCAACAAUUAUCCCUGGGGCAAGAAGGGAAAGCAGUCGCUAGCCGCUCAGCUGUGCGCGAGGACUCCAGGCACCGACUUCAAGAUCGAAGAUGAGCAGUACUACUCGGAGAUGUGGUUUGGCGACUACCCGGACUUUCCGGCGCGGGUACUGGAGACGGGCGAGCUCCUUGCGGACGUCUUGAAGAAGGACCAGCAGACGCUUCUGGGCAAGAAGAUUCUCUCAAUAGCAAAGGCACUCCCGCUCCAGCUGCACCCCAACAAAGAUCUAGCCACCAAGCUGCACAAACAGGAUCCAGACCAGUUCACGGAUCCCAACCACAAGCCCGAGAUCGCAGUCGCCCUCUCAUUCUUCCAGGUCUUCGCAGGCUUCAAGCCCCUCUCAGAAAUCCAGCCCCUGUUCAAACUUUCCGCCCUGAGCUCGUACUCACCAGCCGCCCCGGUAGACAAAUGGGACAACGGGACCCUCCGCGAGGUCACCCGCAACCUCCUCAAGGCGGACGAGGCGACCGUCAAGACGAUCGAGAGCGACCUGCUCCACACGUCGCGGUCGGACCUCAAGGCCGCCGGCGCCGAGUACGUCCUGGACCUGCUUCCCAGGCUGCAGGGCCAAUACGGGCCCGGCGACGCGGGGUCGGUCGUGGCGCUGACGUGCAUGAAUUUCCUGACGUUCCAGCCCCUCGACGCCAUCUACAUCCCCGCCGACGGCAUCCACGCCUACCUGUCCGGCAACAUUGUCGAGUGCAUGGCGCGGUCGAACAAUGUGCUCAACGUGGGGUUCUGCCCGUCUGCUGACAGGAACAACGUCGAUAUGUUUUCCAACACCCUGACGUUCAAGUCGCAUAGCCGGGACGAUGUGGUCCUCCCUAAGCAGAAGAGCGAGAGGAGCAAGGGUGGCAGGACCGAGGUUUACAAGCCGCCCAUGAGCGAGUUUGACAUGAUCAUUGCUGGGCUGAAGGCUGGAGAGCGUGAUGAGCUGAAGGCGAGUGACGGGCCGGGCGUUUUGAUUGUUACGCAGGGCACUGGGAAGAUGAGCGCGGACGGCAAGGAGUUUGAGCUGAAUGAGGGAUUCAUCUACUAUGUAGCUCCGGGGGUCGAGGUCAAGUGGGAGACAGAGAGUGGGAUGCAGGUUUUCAUGGCUGCUGUAUAA